AUGCGGAAUCAUUUUUGGACCGAGGUGGGUAAUGGAACUACAACUUCAGCAUGGUAUGAUUUCUGGUCUUCUUUGGGGCCGCUGGGUGAUUUUUUAUCACCAAGAACUAUCACGAAUGCGGGUUUUAAUUUGGAGGCUACAGUUGCUUAUAUUCGGUCUAAUGGGGUUUGGUUGUGGCCAAUAGCUUGGAGGGAUCUUUUUCCUGUUCUUAUUCAGCUUGACAAUGUGAAUAUAGAGCCGCAUAAGAGGGAUAGGAUUAUGUGGCGAGAAGGUGAUCAUGUUAGUCAUAUGUCUGCAUCGAGUGUUUGGAAUUCUAUUCGCUAUGCAGAACCAGAGAUUCAUUGGUGCUCUAUUGUUUGGUUUCCUCAAUGUAUCCCGAGGCAUGCUUUCUUUAUGUGGCUAGUCACGAGGGUGGUUCGGUAUAAGCUGAUGGGUGUGAAGCUGAAGAACAAUGCUAGAGUACAGAGGCUUCUUGAAGUUUGGGAGAUUCAAAGACCUUCGUAUGAGAUCGAUAGUGGUUGA